AUGGCGCCUGCUGCUUCGCCAUCGACCACGGACUGCGAUGUCGAGUCGCUGCAACGACCGCCCCUAAAGAUCUCACACUUGAGCGUCCUCCUCGACCAGGCCGGCGUCGACGACCAAGUCCUCAACCGCAGCUAUGCCGGCCACGGCACCGACGAGUCGCCCUACCUGGUCGACUUCCUGCCCAACGACCCUCGCAAUCCCAUGGCCUUUCCCAAGCCCUUCAAGUGGCUCAUCACCUCCAUCGCCGCCCUCUCCACCCUCGCCGUCUCCUUUGCCAGCUCCGCCUACUCGGGCGGCGUCGGUGAAAUCAUUGCCGACUUCCGCGUCUCGUCCGAAAUCGUCAUCCUCGGCGUCUCCAUGUUCGUCCUCGGCUUUGCCAUCGGCCCGCUCAUCUGGGCCCCGCUCUCGGAGCUCUAUGGUCGGCAAAAGCUCUUCUUCGUCACCUACAUGGCCUUGACCGCCUUCAACGCCGCGGCUGCGGGCGCCCCGUCCAUGGCCGCUCUCGUCGUGCUGCGUUUCUUUGCCGGUGCCUUUGGGUCUUCGCCCCUGACCAAUGCCGGCGGCGUCAUUGCCGACAUGUUCUCCGCCUCGGAGCGCGGCAUUGCCACCAGCAUCUUUGCAAUGGCCCCCUUUCUGGGCCCCGCCCUCGGACCCAUUGCCGGUGGCUUUCUCGGUGAGGCCGAGGGCUGGAGAUGGGUCGAGGGCAUGAUGGCCAUCUUUACCGGCCUCCUCUGGAUCAUCAACUCGGUCGUCUAUCCGGAAACGUACGCGCCCGUCCUGCUCCGCAAGCGCGCCGCUGCCUUGUCUAAGAAGACGGGCAAGGUCUACAUCUCCAAGCUCGACGCCACUGGGCCCAAGAAGAGCGUCGGCCGCCAGUUCAAGGUCGCCCUCUCGCGCCCGUGGAUCCUCCUCUUCAAGGAGCCCAUUGUUCUCCUGACGUCCCUGUACAUGGCCAUCAUUUAUGGCACCCUCUACAUGUGCUUUGCCGCAUUCCCCAUCGUCUUCCAAAAGGGCCGGGGCUGGAGGCCUGGCAUCGGUGGCCUGGCCUUCACCGGCAUUGCUGUCGGCAUGAUGUGUGCCACGGUCGGAACCAUGUUCGACAACAAGCGGUAUAAACGGGCCGAGGCCAAGGCCAAUGGCAUGGCUCCCCCCGAGGCUCGACUGCCCCCUGCUCUGGUCGGGUCCAUACUGCUCCCGGUAGGCCUCUUCUGGUUCGCUUGGACCAACGGCACCGACGUCCACUGGGUGGUGCCCAUAAUUGGUUCCGCUUUCUUCGCGGCCGGCAUCGUUCUGGUCUUCCUGUCCUUGAUGAACUACCUCAUUGACUCUUACGUCAUCUUCGCCGCGUCGGUCCUCGCCGCCAAUUCGGUUCUCCGAUCGCUUUUUGGCGCCGUCUUCCCCCUGUUCACGACGUACAUGUACGACGGCCUUGGGAUCCACUGGGCGAGUUCGGUGCCCGCGUUCCUUGCGCUCGCGUGCGUGCCGUUCCCCUUCCUGUUUUACAAGUACGGCGCGGCAAUCCGCAUGAGAUGCAAGUAUGCAGCCGAGGCUGCCCAUGUGCUCGACAUGAUGCGGUCCAAGCACACGCAGAUGACCGAAGACGAGGCGGCCACGGAAGCCGACGAGGCUGAGAGAGAGAGGCGUAACAGCAGUGCCGCGACGAGGUGA